ACCCACUGCCUGCUUGUUCAGCUCUCUACUAAAUUACUUGAAAGUGGUGGUUAUGAACAGUAACAGUACUGACUUCUGCCACACAUGUUGAAUUUCUAACUGCGCAGAAUUUAUUUUUGUGAAUUUUGGAGAUUUAUUCCCAAUGCUUAUUGUUGCGACGAAAAUUAGUGAAUCAUUCGUGAUGGCAGACCCUGAGAUGAAGGUUGAAGAUGACUUGGAAGACGGUGAGAUUGAGAGUGAUGAAGAAGAUACGUCUCACGCGCAAAUUGAAGAUAAAAAAGAAGAUAUUACCACAGGUAUAGGGGAAAAACACGUUGAAGAAGUUUUACCUCCACAAGAUGUUUAUUAUUCAAAAUCAGGUAAGAAAAAGAAAUCAAAAUCGAAGGAACAGAAGUAUAAAGAUAAAAGUAAGAAAAAUCGGAAAUAUGUCAAUACCGUCGAAGAUGAUUUUGCUGGAAAUAUUGAAAAAGCCAUCAGAAAAGCGAUGAAUAAGGACGAUUGUGGGGACAUUAACAAUGAAGAAGAAGGCGAGGAGCGUCGCAAACAUAAGAAAAGAAGGAAAUAUGAUAGUAAAGAUGGCCCAAGUAAGAAGCGUAAAAAACAAGAUUUCACAGAUGAAAUGGAUGAAAGCGAGAUGAUGUGUGUAAGAGGAGCGUCCCCUGUUCAGAGAGAGUCACCCAUUGAUAUGUAUGCCGAUGAUGACAAAGAUUCUUACGGUUCGGACAGCAGUAAUGAUUCACGGGGACAUCAACAUCAUCGACCACAGAGACAUAGGCCACCUCAACGAGACCGAAACAAAAAUAAUAAAAACGAGCGUAGAAGGCAAAAUGCUCAUCCAAUGCAAGAUCCCGAUGGAGUAUGUCUGUACUAUAUGCAAGGGAAAUGUCAUAAAGGCGACGAUUGUAUUUAUUCUCAUGACGCACAGCCUCCAAGAAAAAUGGAAUUAUGCAAAUUUUAUUUAAUGGACUGUUGUGCGAAACGAGAUAAGUGUUUGUACAUGCAUGCUGAUUUCCCAUGUAAGUAUUAUCAUACCGGUCUUCCUUGCAUAUAUAAAGAUGAAUGUAAGUUUGCCCAUGGUAAGCCGCUAACAGAAAAUUUGAAGAAUAUCCUUUUGAAACAUAUUGAAUCGGCUCCUAAAGAAAUUUUAGGAGAUUUUCCUAGGCUGAAUAGAGAAGGAGCACUAAAAAUGAUACAAACUACCCAGGCAAAGUUAAUGCAACAAUUUUCAGAAAAUUCUGACAAUCACGAAAAAAAUAUACCUUCCCUCUUUGAACUAAAUAUACCUAACCCACAGCAUAAUUCGUCGGAUCCAUAUAACAACGACAGACAAAAUAAAGUAUCUCCAAAAGUUCGCCAUUCUCGGUGGCAAAACGAUAAUUCUAAUCCAAAUUUCAAUCUUAAUUUGUCGCCAGGUGGAAAUAUGAAUGCGACAAAUGUUUUGAGCAUCAAAAAUUUAAGCGGAGUUUUAACGCCAAGACAAAUUUCUGAUCUUACUAAAAUGGGCAUUGACAAUCUAGAUCAGUUAGGACAACUGACAGUGUUGCAAUUAAAUAGUAUCGGAAUAUCUUUGAAACAAAUAACUGAAAUACAAUUGAAUACCAUGAGCAUACAAAAAUUAGGUCUUAUAAACACUAAUAACAUGGAACAACAGCCGUCGUUUAUAACUUCAACAACUGGAACAAAAGACUUAGAUUUAAGAGUAGCGCCACCUGUGACGAUAAACAGUAAUAUUAAUAUAUCAGCCGAGUUGCCUGGCAGAGAUGUUGAUAUGCGAUUUCAACCUUCAGUGUCACUUCCAGUCAGUGAAGAAUCUUCAGUGAAUUCAAUAACUAGAAAAGAUUCAUUACCUAAUAAAGACCUAAUAGAUAUCGAUCAAUAUACGAAAGAUGCUUUGAAAUACGCUACCAAAGAUAAAGAGAAUAUUGACAUUUCUAAUGAGACUUUUGAGAACGACAAAUCUCUUGUUUCAACUGAAACUAAAGAUGUAGAUCACAGGGUGCUUCCAUUUUCCGACGAAAGCACCAAAAUGGCACAGCCAGUUAUUGAGGAUAGCCUCGAAAAGAAAGGGUAUGAUACCGAUAUUAGAUUUUUGCGUCCUGAUCCUAUAUUUAAGAGUCCUGAUAAAAGACACCGACGUUCAACUACUGAUGAUGAGGAUAAUAAUUUGCUUAUAGACGAAAAGUGGUAUUCUAGUGACGAAGAAAAAUGCUAUAAAAGGAAAUCUCCCGCCUCUUCGCCGCAGUCAGCAAGUUCAUCUUCUCCAGCACCGGCGCCUCAUGUUAUUGAACCAUCAACGAUUUUAAGUAGAUUAGGAGAUCUUUCAAAAAUAGAUAUAAGCGAAGAGGUAACUAAGCUAUUACAUACAAUGAAAAAUAACUUGCACGAUAAUAAACCUGAACAUAACUUUGAUGGGAGUGAGACUUCUAGGCUCAGAGAUCCGCGGUCUAAAAAAUCUCCAGAAAAGAGCGUCGAUACCACAAAGACGGCAAAUAAAAAACUACCUCGCAUUUCCAUUUAUGAAUGCAUCGAUGGUGAGCCUACAGAUGGACGCCGCAGGACUGAUGUUGACUUACGAAAAACAGAUUUUCCUGCGUUUGGUGACACCGAUUUACGCCAGGGUGCCAGUGGCGAUAUCGAUUUUCGAUUAGGUUUACCUUUUAAGGCUAUACCGAACUAUACACCAGCUUCGGAAAUAGAUGGUUCAAUCAAUAGUCAUCCUCCUAUCCCUUAUAAACUAGUACCAAUACAUAUACCAAGGCCAGAUUACACGGAUAUAAGAAAUAGUACUGCUAAGUCUCAGGCAUUGGUAGAUCCACGACUUAGGAAAGUAUUUAGAUUAUCGUUAGAUGAAUCUAAUAGUGAUAGUGAAAAGUCAACAAAACCAGCUGCACCUGCAGGACCUCGUGUGGAUCCCCGAAGAAAGCAAUCUGAUACGUUAGAAAGUAGCAAUCAAGAAAAGUCUAAUUCAUUGGACAUACAAACAAUUUUACAAAAUUCUAAUUGGUUUAAAGGACUUAGUUCUACACAAAAAAUAUUAAUCAAUCAACACUUAAUGCCUGUAACACAGAUGGUAAAGCAGUAUCAACAAGAAAAAAGUGCUGGUAAAAAUACGACAUUAGAUCUCACAGCUGUUCAAAGCAAUACGGCAAUCUGUGGAAUAUUUACAAACUUAGGUAUAACCCUAAGUGAAAAUGGUGAUUAUACUUAUUUGCCUAAACCAAAGGAAGCCCUACUUAAGACUCCUAUUAAUUUCAACCAACCUGCCAAUCCGUAUGCCGUUAAUACUGGGGGUAUGGAUCCAUCAAACAUGAACAUGAUGAAUAUGCAAUCUAUGGGUAUCGGAGGUGUGGGCGGUAUGAAUAACAUGAACGUGGGUCAUAUGUCAGGUUACAAUCAGCCUAUGGCAGAUCCACGUACUGGGCCUACGCCUGGACUACUGGGUAUAGCUCCUAACAUUCCACAUAAUUUCAAUAAUUUUCCUCCAAAUAAUUAUGGAAAUAUGGGUUAUAAUGGCCCUAACAACUAUAAUAUGGAUGGAGAUCAAAAUUACCCGAGAUUUCCUCACAGAGGCGGUCACCGAGGUCGCGGCAAUGAUAGAUGGAACAGGGGUAGUUCCGGCAGAGGCCAUCGAGAUAGAAAGAAUUUCAAUGAGCGUGGCAACUGGAAAAAUGAUAGGCAUUAACUUUUUUCUUUUAUAAUUAGUAAGUUUUUACUUAGAAAUCCUUCCACAUGUUACAAAACGUGAUCAAGGUGAUAAUUAGUAAUGACAGACUUCUGUGAGCACUGUAUUUUAUAUAAUUAAUAUUGCAAGAUUUAAUAAGUAUUCUUGUACAAAGUCGUAGUGUAAAUAUAGUUUUUUUUUAUAAAAUAAUUAUUCGUUGUCGAGACGCGUAAAUAUGUAAAUUAAGGUAUAUAUGGCAGAUGAAAUAAGUUUUAGAGUUAGGUUCUCUUAUGAGCCAAAUAAUUUAAGACUGAGGGAAGUUUGCUAUUCAGAUUUAAGUUUUAACAAAGAUGAAACAAUAAUAGGAACUGCUAUUUCUACGUAGCCCGAAAUAUUUGGUGUCGUCAUUCAAACGACAUUAUAGGGUAUCUUUUAACAUUAAAUCACCUCAAAUAAUAUUAAUGGAGAAAAUCCAAUUAUGUCUUGCAAUUACUUUUCUCUUCUCUUAUUCUUAACGUUGUUAUUUAAUAAACCUCGAUGCUAAAAUAUAUUACCAAUACUCAGUUAGGAUAAAAAUGAAAGCAAUAAUGUAACAAUUUAUCUUCCUAACUCGUUGUAUUUUAUUACAGUAGGUAUUUGGCUAAUUUGUAAUAAGUAGUAAUUAUUAAAGA